AUGGCGGGAAACGCAUACGUCCUCGGCGUCGGCAUGAGCGCCUUUCUCAAGCCGCGCCGCGUGCGGUACCACACCGAAAUGGCCUUUGAGGCCGGCGUCAAGGCCAUGCUCGACGCGCACGUGACGUACGACGACGUCGAGGCCGGCGUGGGCUGCUUCUGCGCCAUGCCCACCUGCAGCGGGCAGCUGUGCUUCUACCAAUUCGGCAUGACCGACAUCCCCAUCUACAACACCAACAACGCCUGCGCCACGGGCUCGACGGGUCUGCACAUGGCCCGCAACUUCGUCAAGGGCGGCAUCUACGACUGCGUCCUGGUCCUGGGCUUCGAGCAGAUGAAGCCCGGCGCCCUGGGCGGUGGCGCCAGCGACGGCCCGAACCCGCAGUCCCUGAGUCUGAAGCUGAUGAGCAAGACCAGAGGAGACACCGAAGCCCCCAAGAACCCGCAGAUGUUUGGCAAUGCCGGCAGAGAGUACAUGGAGAAGUACGGCGCCGUGGCCGAAGACUUUGGCGAGAUCGCACGCAUCUCGCAUGAACACUCGUCGCGCAACCCCUACGCCCAGUUCCGCGACGUCUACACGCUCAAGCAGAUCAUGGACUCCCCCAUGAUCCACUACCCGAUCACCAAACUGCAGUGCUCGCCGACGUCGGACGGCGCCGCUGCCGCCGUGGUCGUGUCGCAGAGAUUCCUCGACAGCCGGCCGGAGCUCAAGUCGCACGCGAUCCUGAUCGCGGGCCAGGCGCUCAAGUCGGACACGCCCAACCUGUACUCGGGCAGCGCGAUGGAGCUGGUGGGAUACAGCACGGCGGCGCGCGCCGCGCAGGCCGCGUACGCCGACGCGGGCAUCUCCCCCAAGGACGUGACCGUGUGCGAGCUGCACGACUGCUUCUCGGCCAACGAGAUGAUCACGAUCGACGGGCUGGGGCUGUGCGAAAAGGGUAAAGCGCACCUGCUCGUCCGCAACGGCGACAUCACCUACGGCGGCAAGGGCCCCAUCAUCAACCCGUCCGGCGGGCUCAUCUCCAAGGGCCACCCGCUCGGCGCGACGGGGCUGGCCCAGUGCGCCGAACUGACGUGGCAGCUGCGCGGCUGGGCCAACAACGGCCGCCUGGUCAAGAACACAAAGUACGCCCUGCAGCACAACCUGGGCCUGGGCGGCGCCUGCGUCGUCACCGUCUACACCCGCGCCGACGGCAAGGUCAACACCGACCGCGCCGUGCCCGACGACGAGAUCGCCCGCCUCAGCGGCCUGGGCUACAACCCGGCCGUCGAGGCCAAGUGGGUGACCCCCGCACAGGCCAAGAAGGUCCGCAGCAGGAAGGCCGCGUGCGACUAUGCGCUGGGAGAGACGAUGAGCAAGCUCGAGAAUGUCAGGUUGUAG